AUGUUAAGAAACUGUUUCAUCAAAAGUAGAAGAUCAUUAGCCACUGCUGCCUUCAAAGAACAAUUAUUACCAAAGAAAUAUGGUGGUCGUUAUACGGUUACUUUAAUUCCAGGUGACGGUAUUGGUCAAGAAAUAACUAGCUCAGUUAGGAAGAUUUUUUCCUCUGAAAACAUCCCAAUUGAUUUUGAAGAGAUCGACGCUGAAAACAAUGUUUCUAAAGCUGUUGAAAGUUUGAAAAGAAACAAGGUUGGUUUAAAAGGUAUCUGGCACACUUCAGCCGACCAAUCUGGCCAUGGCUCUCUAAAUGUUGCAUUAAGAAAAGAAUUGGAUGUCUAUGCUAACGUUGCUUUGUUCAAAAGUUUUGAUGGUGUUAAGACCAAGAUUCCAAAUGUUGACUUAGUUAUCAUCAGAGAAAACACAGAAGGUGAAUACUCUGGUUUGGAACAUGAAAGUGUUCCAGGUGUCGUUGAAUCUUUGAGAAUCGUUACUAGAGCCAAAUCCGAGAGAGUUGCUAGAUUUGCCUUUGAUUUUGCUGUUAAAAACAACAGAAAAUCUGUCACUGCUGUUCACAAAGCCAAUAUUAUGAAAUUGGGUGACGGUUUGUUUAAGAAUACAGUUGCUGAAGUUGGUGCUGCCGAGUAUCCAGAAAUCGAAUCCAAAAGUAUAAUUGUUGAUAACGCAUCCAUGCAAGCAGUUGCCAAACCACAUCAAUUUGAUAUUUUAGUUACACCAAAUAUGUACGGUGCUAUCUUAGGAAAUAUUGGUUCUGCUUUAGUUGGUUCUCCAGGGUUAGUUCCAGGUGCCAACUUUGGUAGAGAAUAUGCUGUUUUUGAACCUGGUUCUAGACAUGUUGGUUUAGAUAUUGGUGGUAAAGACAUUGCUAAUCCAACUGCUAUGAUUUUAUCUUCUGCUUUAAUGUUAAGACAUUUAGGCUUGAACGAAUAUGCUGACAGAAUUUCUAGAGCUACUCGUGAAGUUAUUGCUGAAGGUAAGAAGACUACUAGAGAUAUUGGUGGUUCUUCUAAAACUUCAGAAUUUACUGAAGCCAUUAUUGAGAAGUUAAAAACUUAUUAG